AUGGAGGGCGCAGGGCCCCGGGGGGCCGGGCCGGCGCGGCGCCGGGGAGCCGGGGGGCCGCCGCCACCGCUGCUGCCGCCGCUGCUGCUGCUGCUGCUCUGGCUGCUGCCCGGCCCCGCGGCGCCCCAGGAGCUGAGCCCGCGCGGUCGCAACGUGUGCCGCGCGCCCGGCUCCCAGGAGCUCACUUGCUGCACCGGCUGGAGGCAGCAGGGGGACGAGUGUGGGAUCGCGGUGUGCGAAGGCAACUCCACGUGCUCGGAGAACGAGGUGUGCGUGCGGCCGGGCGAGUGCCGCUGCCGCCAUGGCUACUUCGGUGCCAACUGCGACACCAAAUGUCCGCGCCAGUUCUGGGGCCCCGACUGCAAAGAGCUGUGUGUCUGCCACCCUCACGGGCAGUGCGAGGACGUGACGGGCCAGUGUACGUGUCACGCGCGGCGCUGGGGCUCACGCUGCGAGCAUGCGUGCCAGUGCCAGCACGGCGCGUGCCACCCGCGGAGCGGCGCGUGUCGCUGCGAGCCUGGCUGGUGGGGCGCGCAGUGCGCCAGCGCGUGCUACUGCAGCGCCACCUCGCGCUGCGACCCACAGACGGGCGCGUGCCUGUGCCACUCAGGCUGGUGGGGCCGCAGCUGCAACAAUCAGUGCUCCUGCAACACGUCGCCGUGCGAGCAACAGAGCGGCCGCUGCCAGUGCCGGGAGCGCACGUUCGGCGCGCGCUGCGAGCGCUAUUGCCAGUGCUUCCGCGGCCGCUGCCACCCGGUGGACGGCACGUGCGCGUGCGAGCCCGGCUACCGGGGCAAGUACUGCCGCGAGCCGUGCCCUGCCGGCUUCUACGGUCUGGGCUGCCGCCGUCGAUGCGGCCAAUGCAAAGGCCAGCAGCCAUGCACGGUGGCCGAGGGCCGCUGCCUGACGUGUGAGCCCGGCUGGAAUGGCACCAAGUGCGACCAGCCGUGCGCCUCGGGCUUCUACGGCGAGGGCUGCGGCCACCGCUGCCCGCCGUGUCGCGACGGGCACUCCUGCAACCAUGUCACCGGCAAGUGCACGCGCUGCAACGCGGGCUGGAUCGGUGACCGGUGCGAGACGAAGUGCAGCAACGGCACUUACGGCGAGGACUGCGCGUUCGUGUGCGCCGACUGCGGCAGCGGCCACUGCGACUUCCAGUCUGGGCGCUGCCUCUGCAGCCCGGGCGUCCACGGGACCCACUGUAACCUGACGUGCCCUCCCGGGCUUCACGGCGUGGACUGCGCCCAGGCCUGCAGCUGCCACGAGGACUCGUGCGACCCGGUCACCGGUGCCUGCCGCCUGGAGACCAACCAGCGCAAGGGCGUGAUGGGCGCGGGCGCGCUGCUCGCCCUGCUCCUCGGCCUGCUGCUUUCGCUACUCGGCUGCUGCUGCGCCUGCCGCGGCAAGGACCCCGCGCGCGGGCCACGCCCCCGCAGGGAGCUCUCGCUCGGGAGGAAGAAGGCGCCGCAGCGCUUGUGCGGGCGCUUCAGCCGCAUCAGUAUGAAACUGCCCCGCAUCCCGCUCCGCAGGCAGAAGCUGCCCAAGGUCGUAGUGGCCCAUCACGACCUGGACAACACACUCAACUGCAGCUUCCUGGAGCCACCCUCGGGGCUGGAGCAGCCCUCACCGUCGUGGUCCUCCCGGGCCUCCUUCUCCUCCUUUGACACCACGGACGAAGGCCCCGUGUACUGCGUACCCCACGAGGAGGCGGCAACCGACAGUCGGGACGCGGAGGCCCCCACCGCCCCUGCCGAGGCUCUGGCGCUGUCCCCUGCGCCCGUGACCACCCCAGUGCCCGCGGAGGAGGCGACGCCCCUCCCCGCGUCCUCCGACAGCGAGCGGUCAGCGUCGAGCGGGGACGGGCCCAGCGGGGCGCUCUAUGCGCGCGUGGCCCGGCGGGAGGCCCGGCCGGCCCGGGUCCGGGGCGAGGCCCGAGGCCUGUCGCUUUCACCAUCGCCCGAGCGCAGGAAGCCGCCGCCACCCGACCCCGCCACCAAGCCCAAAGUGUCCUGGAUCCAUGGCAAGCACGGCGCCGCCGCCGCCGCCCGCGCACCCUCGCCGCCGCCCGCGGCUCCCGAGGCGGCGCCCAGCCCCAGCAAGAGGAAACGGACGCCCAGCGACACGUCGGCACAGCCAGAAGAGCCCGGCAGCCCCAGGGCCCGGGAUCCGACGCCGCGGCACCCCGGGCUGGCCGAAGAGGGGCCAGCCCUAGCCGCCCCCUCGCCGCCCCGGGCUCGGGCGCGGGGCCGUGGCCCAGGCCUCUCCGAGCCCACGGACGCUGGCGGUCCCCCGCGCAGCGCGCCCGAGGCCGCCUCCAUGUUAGCCGCCGAGCUGCGCGACAAGACUCGCAGUCUGGGCCGCGCCGAGGGUCUCCUGGGCCCCCGAGAGAAGCCGGUGCCGCCGCAGAAGGCCAAGCGCUCGGUGCCUCCCGCCUCGCCGGCCCGCGCGCCCGAGGCCACAGGGCCUGAAAAAGUGGCCGGCGGCGCGCCUGGAGUCGACACCCCCCGAAAGAAGACCCCCAUCCAGAAGCCGCCGCGCAAGAAGGGCCGGGAGUUGGCGGGCGAGCCGGGCCGGGCAGGGGCGCCCACCCUGUAGUAGGGCGGUCCGGCCGGCCGUGCCUGCAGCUUCCCCGGCUUAGCAGCGCUGCUUGCCACCCCGCGUCUCCGUGCGCCCAGCCUCUCCCGCGGGGCCUUGGCCUCAGCAGCCUGGCGGGAGGCUGCAUCUCACUGGCUUGGGCCCAGCAGCCCUCCUGGAUGGGGCCCUGCGCUCAGGCGCAAAGCCCCAUCCCACUGGCCAAGGCCUGACAGGCGCUUAGCUGGCCCCCUCUUCCAAUGGCCUCACUAUGGAGGGUUCCCACAGGCCUGGGUCUCAAAGGCCAAGGGCAGGAGGGCUCUGCCUGGAAACCACUCCUUAAUUAGCCAAGAGUGCCUUGGCUGGGGCCACCCUCUCCUUGGCUGAGGCCAGAAGCACUUCUGCCCUGGUUGCCUCUCAUUGGCCAGGGCCUGGUGCCUCUGGCUGGAGGCUCCCUUCCCUGACCCUAGCCAAAGGCUGCUCCCACUGGCCGAGCCCCAGGGCAUCUGGUUGACCAGAGCCUGGGGAGGAGGGCUGGUCUCUGCUCCUCAGGGGGCUUGGCAGCACCCCACUUCCAGCUGCCCCUGCCCCAGCCUCCCCCCGCGCUGGCCCCUCAGCUGUCAAGCUGGUUUUGAUGGCCUCCCACUACUCCAUACGCCUGGGAAUACAAGGGAAGGGGCGAUGACUCCACUGGCCUGAGGAGAUGUAUUUAUAGGCCCCCGGCAGGGCUGCUCCCACCCCGUCUGGGUGCCCCAGGAUGGGCUCCUCCCGGUAGGGGCUUGGCCAAAGCUUUAAUAAAGUGCCUUUUUCUCCCCUG